AGCCUAUCAGUAAUACUUCAUUGAAACCAAAACUUCCUGAAAUUAAAUAUAUAUCAGAAUUGCCACCAUGUCUGACACCACAUGAAAAAUUUGGAUCAACAAGUAAAGAUAAUAGAGGCAAACUGAAGAAGCUUGAGAAAUCUAUUGUGUUGAAUAUGGAAAAUAAACUUAAGCAGUUUGUGGGACUUGGUGUUUUAAAGAGUGCCAUGAUUGAUUUCAGCAAAACUGCAUAUAUGCAGGUUAAGCAUGGUGACAUGGAUUUUAGAGUUCCACAUAUGUUAUUUGUAGGUGGACCAGAACUUCUCAGUGAUCUGGGGCUAAUUGAUCAAAAUAAAGUAAUAGAAGUGCAAAGAUCAGAUCUGGUCGGAGCUUAUAUUGGCGAAUCUGCAAUAAAAACUAAAGAAGUUAUUAAUAAAAGUAAAGGAGGAAUUCUCUUUGUGGAUGAAGCUUACAGAUUGGUGGUUGAAGGGUGCGAAAAAGAUCAUGGCAAAGAAGCACUGGAAGAGAUAAUGUCGGUCAUGGAGGAUGGUGACCCAAUAAUCAUCCUUGCAGGUUACGAGAAGGAGAUGAACAAAGUGUUCAUGGCAAAUCGGGGGCUAAGGAGUAGAGUCUCCUUAGUGUUCAAUUUUCCAAAUUAUUCAAAAGAAGAAAUAGCAGAAAUUAUUAUUCUAGAAGUGGAUAAUGACAAGAAAAUAACGACCAAACUAACAGUUCAAGAAUUGGAACAAAUGAUUUCAACUCGGGCUUCGGAUGAAUUUUUAGCUGAAAGAAAUGGCCGUUUUUCAAGACAGGUUUUCAUUGAAGCCAAGGCAGCUAUGUAUAUUAGACUUUUCGAUAAUGAAAGCUCAGAAGUGAUUCUUUCUUUGGAAAAAGAAGACUUCGAAAAAUCUAUAGACAAAAUUGUUUCUAUGUGCUCAG